GCAAUUCUUUGGACCAUCUUUGCCUCUCAUGUAAACCCAAACAGCCUAAACCAACUCUUCUCUCAUUCCUUAUCCUCUCUCCCUCUUCUUCCCAUCUCUCUCUUUCCCUCUCUACUUCUCUCUGCAACCAUGUCUUCUGCAACCACUGGGUUUCUGAAGCCACUAUCAAUAGCUGAAACUUGUCUGGCCUCUGUUUCAACCACCAAAACCCAACACCCAUUUCUUUCAUUUCCCUCAAAACCCACCAAGCUCUCAACUCUCUCGUGCUCAUUUUAUUCAUGGGUUUCUCUCAAGCACAAGUCUUUGCCUCUCCAUGUGGCUCAGACCUCGGACUGGGCACAACAAGAGGUUGCAGAAGAAGUUAAAGACGGGGAGGUCUUGGAAACAGAGGAGGUGCCAUUAGAGCCAAGUGCAAUGUCUGAAGAAGCAGAAGAGAGCUCUGAUGUUGGUGGAGUAGAAGAGUUCUAUCCCGAGCCGCCGGAAGAGGCCAAGCUCUAUGUGGGUAAUUUGCCUUAUGAUGUUGACAGUGAGACGCUGGCUAACACCUUCAAUGAGGCUGGAGUUGUUGAGAUUGCUGAGGUGAUUUACAAUAGGGAAACAGACCAGAGCAGAGGGUUUGGGUUUGUGACUAUGAGUACUGUUGAAGAAGCUGAGAAGGCUGUGGAGAUGUUCAACCGAUAUGAUUUAGGUGGAAGGUCUUUGACUGUAAACAAGGCUGCUCCUAGAGGGUCACGCCCCGAAAGACCACCUAGAGUGAAUGAACCGUCUUUCAGAAUCUAUAUUGGUAACCUGCCAUGGCAAGUGGACGAUUCUCGUUUGGAGCAGGUGUUCAGUGAACAUGGGAAUGUGGUCAGUGCGAGGGUGGUUUAUGACAGGGAAACUGGCCGUUCACGCGGGUUUGGUUUCGUCACAUUGUCCACUGAGACUGAAGUGGAGGAUGCCAUUGCGGCUCUUGAUGGACAGAGUUUGGAUGGUAGAACAAUCCGAGUAAACGUUGCUGAAGAGCGACCAAGGCGUGGCUCGUUUUGAAGUUAAGCAGAUUAUUAAUAUGAGCUCUUCAAGAUUGGUGCUUGGUUUUGGGAGAGGAUCUUAGCAUUCUUGUAAUUUUUUCUGUGUAUCCACGAGAAAAUUUUACUUUAGGGAAUUUUAUGUUUUUAUAGAUAGGCCAUUCUACCUUAUGUAUCCUCUACAUGUCGACAGCAGUAUAUCGCCAGUCCCGUUGUAUUUAAUCUGUCCAUUGUAAUUGGGUCUCUUUACAUGUCAUUGUACUCGACCAAAUUAUCACCCUGCUUUGCAAUAGAAUUGAUUUGCUCU